UCUUCCGCCGAGAAGCCAAUCGCUUUCCUCGCUCACAUCCGGGCUGCGCUAGUCCGUGUUCGGCGGUUGGAGGCCACAACCAUUGAACGUUUAAGACUAACUGUGAUCCUGGAGCAGGAAGACGUGCAAAAGUCAUCCUGGGACAAUGGGGGCAUGCGUGAGGAAGAAGAAGCGGACCUUUCAUACGAAGAAUUGCUGUCAUUUUAUGGAUACCAAAACUCAGACCCUUAUUCAGACUAUGAGUCAGAGGGCAAAGACUCUGACACAGAGCAACCCAGUGGAAGCUUAGAUUUGGAACAGCAAGCAGAGGAAGCAUCGUCCCAAUCUGAUCAAAUGCCUCCUUCUUUGCCUUCCGGUGGUUCUUCUAGUCUCUCGCCUCGGUCGGCUGAUUAUCCUGAGGACUGGGUGUCAGAGCCUGUUUUGGAAGAGGAGGAAAUACUUGGAUCUCAGGCUGAGCUUCCAUUUCUGCUCUACACUCCAGCAGAAGAGAGAGACUUUGACGAAAAGGACCAGCUACUUUGGGAUCCAAAUGUCCUUCCAGAGACCGAGGUUGAGAGUUUCCUAAACCGAGCAGCAGAGUGUCAGCAAAGAAAUGCACGUGGACUUCAUCGAGAGAGGGGGAUUAUCAGGGAUAGUGAGCAGGCUCUGUAUGAAUUGGUAAAAUGUAGUUUCAAUGUAGAAGAGGCUCUUCGGAGGUUGUAUUUUAAUGUAAAGGUCAUAAAAAGUGGUCUGUUUGCAUGGAGUGAGGAUGAGCGUAGGAAUUUCGAGCAAGGGUUCCGUGUUUAUGGCAAGAACUUCCACCUCAUUCAAGCCAACAAGGUUCGAACAAGGUCAGUAGGGGAGUGUGUGCAAUACUAUUACUCCUGGAAGAAGUCAAAACGUUUCGAAUUAUUUGAAAAAAGUCGUCAGGGAAGAAGGAAACAUUGGAUACCGCCAGCUUUCGAGUACGAAUGUGACAUGCCAGUAUCUGAGCGCCCAUUUGGAAUGCAGGAAUCUCUGCAUAGCAGUCGGGAGAGUUUUGGAAAUUCAGAUACACCAGAUACUCAGAACUGCUCACUCUGUGUUAAUGGCUCUUCCAACGAAGAUCAGUACUCCUCCAGACACCAUCAUCUUUCUGGUCCAUCCUGUGAGCAUCACCAGGAAGCUUCUGUACUCCCUAAUGACCUCAACCGCCUCGAAUACCCUACUCAAGAGCUUCCCGUCGUGUCUGAUUUAGUGGGGCUGGAUCUCCCACUGAGCACUUUCUCUAUGACCAACAUGGCUCUUCCAGACAUUCUAAUAUCACCUUCUCGACUUUGUGCUGCCACACUAGCUCCCUGAUAACCCAUCUCUACUACAAAAAGUAUAUGUUUUCAGACAAAAGUAAUAAUGCUUCUUUGUGUCCUUUAUUGUGUUUAAAGGAUAUUUUAUAUAAAUUUUGUUAUUUUAACAGUGCCUCCUCACACUCAGACAACUGUCUGUGUUUUUCAUUUUUUUUUUCUCAUCUGUCACAUAUGGAGUUUGCUGUUAACUGUGGUAUAAUGUUAAUCAGGUUGCAUUCAAACAAAAAGUCUAGGUUUGUGAUUGUUUUAUGAGCCAGUCACCAUCAAGUAGAACAAGGAGGUUCUUAAUCUCCUGAGCAUUUCUGCAACAUUGAGCAUAAUGGCAGAUUUGUAUUUUUUCAUUUUGUUAAGUACGUGUUUGAAUUUCAAGCCAAUAAUAUUCCCUUUCAGCC